AGGGGCCACACUCAACCGAGAGAUGGAAAUGGCUGUACGAGAACCUUCUGCUUCACCUUCCCGCUCCUAUCCACCAGCGUCAGCUCGAACAGGCCCUCACAUCAGUUCCUUCGCUAGCCAAAGAUAUGAAAACCGAAACGAAGGCGAAAUUAUCCUUGGUGUUUUUGCUGUCCGGCUUCACAAUCCAACGCUGUUGAAGUCUUCAGCUGCUUCUACACCUGAAAAUCCCGAGGAUGUUUCCUCGGGAAAAACACUCCAACGCUCAAGUCAGCGAUACUCAAUAUUUUAGAGAGAAGUGCUCUCAAAGAGUAAUUGCAGAGAGAGAAGCGUAGAGAUUAAUUACCUUCAUUGUUGGUGGUUGGGGGGUAUUUAUAGCCCCAAAUACUGACAUGCAUUCCCACAUGUAAGUAACUCAUUGGGCCACGUGGUGCUGCUCACGUGGGCGUGUCUCCUCCUCUUGGGCCUGUGUGUGCAUAGUUGGGCCUGUUAUAUGUGGCCUGAAUUUGGCGUUGGGC